CUGAACGAUACUGUCUAGCACAUACAGGAUGUGAAUGUUGCCAAACUCCUGUGACUUCCGUGAUGUUCUAGCUUUUUGUUUAGCCUCCGAAAGGGCGUGUUAAAGCCGCAUUACAGCCACGCGAGUCUCGAGAUUUUGAACUGGUUGUGAACGAAGGGGUGCCUGCUUCACAGAGAAAAGACUCCAAGGUGCUGCAUCUGUUUGACCAGUGACGGUCAGACAUAUUGGGGAGUGGGUCGCUCCCUGUGGAUGAUACUGUGUUGCCCAGAGUUUGCAUAUUGAGGGGGGGCGGCAUGAUGGGUAACGUUGAGCCUGCUGUGGCUCAGAGCUUCCUGGGGAAGUUUCUGGAGGAGUUCCCGGAGCCAUUCAGCCCAGACCACCCUCCGCCUGUCAACCCCCUUAGCCGCAAAGUCAGCCACAAGGAGAUCAGGGGGGAGAGCCUGGAUCUGGGCCUCCGUCUGCUGGCAGCCAGGGAUGCUCCUCUGUCUCUGAGUGUGGCGCUGUGUGAGGCGGCGGUGUCGGAGCUGAUGAGGAGUGACCUCACACCCUUCCAGCUUCCGCAAGAUGCAGAGCAGCAGCCAGAGGAGGACGGCCCACCUACUGCCUUGCUGGAGUCAGAAGGGCUGCAGCACCUUUUCCUCAAUAAGCUCCGCGAUGUGGCGGCGUCCUGGAGACAGCAGCUGCCCGCGCCCCAGGGGUCAUCGCAACGCUUCCACCGCUGCUCUGUACACGCCAUCCGCAACACGCGCAGGAAGAUGGAGGACCGUCACGUCAGCGUAGCCGAUUUCAACCUGCUCUUUGGGAUACAGGAUGGUGUGGAUAGACAGUAUUAUGCUGUAUUUGAUGGACACGGAGGUGUAGACGCUGCCACAUUUGCUGCCACCCACCUUCACGUUGUUCUAAGCCAACAAGAGGACCUAGUGAAAGACCCAGCUGCUGCCUUCAAAACGGCCUUCACCCAUGUGGACGACAUGUUCAAGGUCAAAGCCAAGCGAGAGCGUCUGCGGAGUGGUAGCACUGGUCUAGCAGCGCUGCUGGCCGGGGAUUCGCUGCAUGUGUCCUGGCUCGGAGACUCUCAAGCCAUGCUGGUCAGACAGGGAGAGCCGGUCACCCUGAUGGACCCCCACAAGCCAGAGAGAGAGGAUGAAAAGCAGCGGAUUGAGAAUCUGGGGGGAUGUAUCGCUUUCAUGGGGUGCUGGCGUGUGAAUGGCACUUACGCUGUUUCUCGAGCGAUUGGUGAUUUUGACCAGAAGCCGUACGUCUCCAACAUGGCCGACAGCUCCUCGACACCGCUGACCGGCAACGAGGACUACGUCCUGCUGGCGUGCGACGGCUUCUUCGACGUGGUGCGUCCGGCCGAGGUGCCCGGCCUGGUCCUGGAGGCCCUGCGGGAGUCGGAGGGCCGCGGCGGCUGCGAGGAGGUGGCCCAGCGCCUGGUGGCCCAGGCCAAGGCGGCCGGCUCCAGCGACAACAUCACCGUCAUGGUGGUGUUCCUGCGGGAGCCCGCUCAGCUGGUGCUGGAGGACCGGAGUGACCCGGGGCAGGCCUCUGCCUCUGCCUCUGCCUCCGCCGCGCCAGCACAGGGCUGAGGGCCACUAGCCAGGUCCAGGUCAUACUGGAGGAGACGAUGCUGAUGGUGCUGCAUCCUUCUCUCUCUCUCUCUGUCUUUCUCUCUCUUUUACUUUUUCUCUUUCUCAUUGCCUUUCCCUCUCUCUCUCUCUCUUUAUCUCUCUCUCUCUUUCUUUAUCUCUCUCUCUCUCUCUCUCUCUCCCCCUCUCUUCUGGUGUCCCCUUGAUCCCCACAAGGGCUCUUUGCUCUCCACCUGGUGGACAGAAGCAAAACUCCUUUUACUUUUCAGCGAUGUGCCACAACAAUAGCCUCUCUGCUUGAGGGAUCAAAACAACAGCAGUGCCUAGUCAUGGCUAAGCUGUUUUCUUCCCCACAAAUGUGGAAAUGCAUUUACGAUCAGUAUAUGUUCAGUAUUUUUUUUUUUUGGUUAGUCAGGUCAAGCAGUUACUUUAAGGACUACCUUCCACAAUUUUCUUUCCGAUACUGAUUUAUUCAGGACCAUUUUCUAUAAAAUGUUCUAUAUUUCUCUUACCAGUAUUCAAUAUCAGUAUUCAUUCUACUCUCCCACGUGGGGGCCUUUUUUCCUCAAAUUCUUUCAUACAGUGUCAAAAUCUGCGAUAUGCAAAAUGUGUCUUCAAGUCUAGCAGUUUGAUUUGUUGAGUGUUUAACGGACUGUCUUCCCGGUAGACUGAUGUCUGACGUCCUGAUGCCUGCUGGCCUGUCGUUAGUGUCUCAAAUUACUGCCUGCUCAAAUGUCAUGAAUAUUUGAAAGCCUUGUGACAUGUAGCUAAUAUAGCCGGCGCGUGGCUAUAAUGCGAUAAUGCUAUUUAUAGGCCAGGUCUGGUGCAUAUUGAAGCAUAGGGUGGGGGGGUAGAGGGAUCUGAGUGUUGAUGUAGUGAAAUAAAAUACCUCAGACAACCCCCCCCACUCUUGUGACCUUGGUUUUCCUGGACCGAACUCCUUAAGAACUGCUGUUUCAGUCAAUGGUAUUACAUAAGGUUUUUGUGUAUAAGCGCAAUAAGCUGUUUUGCUUUGCUUUUGUUGUGCAAUGCUUUGAACAUGCGUGCACUUUUUUGUGUGUCAUUUGGAUAUAAGGACUGUUUAAUUUCCUUUCCAGUGCAAUUCACUGUAGUGGUCAUCUGUCUUUUUGUAAGCUGUGCCAUCUGUCUUGUGGUCUUAAAAGGAGAUCUUAAAUGAGGAAUGGAAAAUGUAGCAUGUAGUCCGGCUAAUCAAAAUGUUAUGUCAAUACCAGCUCCAAGGACAUUGAUUGCUUUGCGUAGAACCACUGACCUUUGCUUUUCUCUCUUCCAAACCUAGAAUGCCGUUUUUUGUGUGCGUGUUUGUAUAUAUUGUGAGAGAGAUUUCUUAACAGCUAAUUGUUAACCCCAAACUAAAAAAAAUAAUAAGGGUUUAAUUUGAGCUGUCUGUGUUAGAACUUUGCCGUAGGUGUUUUCUGUACAGCUGUCAAGUGCACUGAGCUUUUCUUUCUGAUGUGGUGCCUGUCUAUGUGGACAUCUACCGUGCAGGGGGGGGGGGGGGGGGGGUGAGAUUAAGAUCAUUGCCAGUAAUUGAGGUAAUCUGCCGCUGAAUCAGCAUGUCCCACUGUGCAUUUGCUGGACUGAUGGGAAGGUAGCAUGACCUCAUUGUUCAAAUCCAAGCUUGCCCUCCUAUCUCAUCUGAACCAGCAGUUUGUGGUCACCAUUUUAAUUUAAAUAAUUUACCUGUCCAAAUUUGAAGAGGCUAAAGAAAAUUGACAACAAACCAAAUCUGCCAACGCUCAUCAGAUAGAAAAAUCUGCACCAUUGACCGUCUUCUCUUUGUGUACAGUUUGGCACUGUGUUUGUGAAUUAGGUUGCUUGUCCACAAGUCGUUGAUGUGUUAGUACACUUCUCUCUUAAAUACUUUUACUAUGAAUACCGAGUGCACGGGUAAAGCUGUUUCUUGCCAUGUCUCGCAAGGCACAAACAUCAGCAAGUCUGGAGUGUGUUGACCUGUAAAUAUAAUUGACCGCAUGUUGUUUUACACAAGAGUGCCACCCUUGAGGCUGUGGAGCUUUGAUAUACUGUGCCAAUUAUGUGUGUGUGUGUGUGUGUGUGUGUGUGUAUGUCUGUCUGUCUGUCUGUCUCUGUGUGUGUGUGUGUGUGCGUGUGCGCAUGCUGUUCAGUACAUUUUUUUGUGUGUGCUGUUCAGUACAUUUUUGUUACUUGCUUUGUCUUAUUUUCUCAACCAGACAUAAGUGGUGCCUUAAUUCACCCCUGAUCUUAACAUUUCUUAACUUAAACCACUCUCAUCACGACCCCAACAAGAUGAGCUGGGCAGGAACCUUAAUGGAUGGUUGGUUGCAUAUCAUUGAUGGUCAAUGAAGGGGACAGUGAUGGAGUUGCAUUUCUAACUGGACCAUCACGUUUUGUGUUGUCUUUUUUAGUGUAUUAUUACGUUUAUUGUACAUGUUUAUGAUGUUACACUGUACUUUACUACAUAACAUUGAGAUGUUUCAUGUCAGUGAUCAAGGUGAACUGCCAAACUUUAUUACUGUAUGACAAUUUCCUGGAGCAAUUUCGCAGUAUUACAUUUUUGAGUAACUGUAUUCAGAAUAACCAAUUUCACGAUUAAAUUAACUGAUUAAA